AAAAAAUGUCAACAGAGGCAACUCUUAAAUUCAACUAGAUUUGAUUGAAAAAAGGAAAUAAUUUUUUUAAGUUUAAUGCUUUCAAAAAUCAUAGAAAAGUGGCCUGGAAAAAGUAUUGGACUCUAUAGAUUCUUGCCUGCAUUCUUUUUUUUGGGUGCUACUUUGGAAUUUUCAAUGAUCAAAUGGAGAGUAGGCAGAACAAAUUUUUACGAUACGUAUAAGAGGAAACAGGCCAAAAAAGUUAUAGAAGAGAGAUUAAAAAGUAUAAACGAGUCUAGCUAAAAGAUGCUUCCGACGAGUGUUACUUUUGGUCAAUAUUGCCGAUUUUCUAUUGCAGCUUUAAUGUCAAUGUUUUUAGGAUCACAAACUGUGCAUUUAUACUUUCAACCUUUAAGUGACAUGGAACAAUUUAUCAACGAAGAAAUUCAAAAAUUGCCUGAAGACCAAAAGAAAAAACUGUUAAAGCCAUAAGUUUUUUAUAUUUUAGAAAAGAAUGUAAUACACCAUCUUUAUUUAAAACACUUAAUUUUUUUAGCACAUUAACAUGAUUUAUAACAAUUUUUUUGCGUUCAAACAUGUUAAACAACUAAAGAAUGUUUAAUGUGAGUCUAAAAACGUGGUUAAUAAAAGUUAA